AUGAUUGCACAAGAAAUCAACAAUUUUGUCGAAGCAUUAAAAAAGGUUAUACAUUUAAUGUCUGUAAAAUUCUACGAAGAAUUUCUGAUCAAUGAAAAUUUUGAAGUUGGAAUCGAAAUGACAUUUCAUAAAUGCGAUCCAUUACGAUUGUACAUCUUUGCACCUCCUGCCGGCAUAAAAUCUACCAUACAAAAAAUCAUGGAACCAUUCGAACGUGUCGGUUAUUUACUAUUCGAAUCGUCGUUUGGGCCCGAUAUAGGUCGAUAUAUUUCAUCGACGAUGAACGGCGUUGUUUGGGAAUUAAAAGAACAAGUAAAAAAUUACGAUUCAAAUUGUACUAUCAAAUUAUACGAGUUACGGAUUUCGCUUGUCGAUACUCUUGAGCAUGACGAUAUUAUUAGCAACACUUGUCUUGGCGAAACAGAGCUUCCAUUUUCAUCGAAGAGCAAUUUGGUGCAAACAAAAAUCCAACUGUGUUAG